AUGUCUCUUCAGCAAGUGGUCUAUUGCGGAGUUUGUUCGUUGCCUCCUGAAUAUUGUGAAUUCACAGGAAAGUUCAAGCGUUGUAAAGUCUGGUUGCAGGAAAGCCAUCAAGAUUUAUACACAAAAUUAUACGGCGAUGUGGAGGCAGAAGGUGAAGGAGAAGUUGCAGAUGUUACUGGGAAAUUGGCUAAAUCGUCUAUUGGCGAAGCAAGAGAGGAGGAACUAGAGAAGAAGUUACAGAAAUUACAGGCGAAGGAAGAAUCUAAAGAGCAGCGAGAGUUGGCAAAGAAGCUUUCCUCUAAAGUAGUGAUUAGAAGAGAGGCAAGAACAAAGAAAAAGUGUAUGAUUGCAAUUUCCGGAUUGGAAGUGUUUGAGAUUGACAUGAAAAAGCUGGCCAAGACAUUUGCUUCCAAGUUUGCGACGGGUUGUUCUGUAUCCAAGAAUAUCGAGAAGAAGGAAGAGGUUAUAGUACAAGGUGAUAUCGCAGAUGGGGUGGAAGCCUACAUUCACGCUUUGCUCGAGGAGAAAGGGUUGAAGGACGUCAAGGUGGAGCAAAUAGAGACAAAGAAGAAGAAACGCCCCACGCAGCCGUUAUAA